GCGCGGCGGGCGAUGGCGGCCAGAAACCCGGGCACGGGGCUGGAUCUUGGCUGGAUCUCAAAAGUGUAUGUGAAUCGAGCUGCAAUUGAAAGGCAUGUAGAACGAAUUCAAGAGCAGAGAACUGUGAAAAGUAAUUGGCGAGCUGCUUGGCUACUCAAAGCUGUCACCUGCAUGGACCUUACCAGUCUUUCAGGUGAUGAUACUCCUUCAAACAUUCACAGAAUGUGUUAUAAAGCUAAGCAUCCCAUCAGAGAGGAUCUCCUGAAAGCCAUGGACAUGCAUGAUAAAGGUAUUACUGUUGCAGCCGUCUGUGUCUAUCCUGCCAGAGUCACUGAUGCCGUUAAUGCCCUAAAGGCUGCUGGAUGCAACAUACCAGUAGCUUCAGUGGCUGGUGGUUUUCCCUCUGGACAGAUGCCUCUACAAACGAGACUGGCUGAAAUAAAGCUGGCUGUGGAAUAUGGUGCCAGAGAGAUUGAUAUUGUCAUUAACAGGGCUCUGGUGCUGACUGGCCAGUGGGAAGAACUGUAUGAGGAGAUCCGUCAGUGUCGUGAGGCCUGUGGAGAUGCUCAUAUGAAAACAAUCUUAUCAACGGGUGAACUAGGGUCACUUGGUAAUGUCUACAAAGCCAGCAUGAUAGCUAUGAUGGCAGGUUCUGAUUUUAUAAAGACGUCUACAGGAAAAGAAAUCGAAAAUGCCACUCUGCCAGUGGGAGUAGUUAUGAUGCGAGCCAUUAGGGAUUUCCACUGGGAAACUGGCAAUAAGGUUGGAUUUAAACCUGCUGGAGGCAUUCGGACAGCAAAAGAUGCUCUUUCUUGGCUUAUGCUAGUGCAUGAGGAGCUAGGCGUGGAGUGGCUAAAACCAGAGCUCUUUCGCCUGGGUGCCAGUAGCUUGUUGGAAGAUAUCGAGAAACAGAUUUUCCUCCAUGUGACUGGCAAUCACGCAGCUUGUCAUGACCUGCCAAUGGCUUAGGCACAAUAUCAACUCAAGAUUACUUUUCAUAAAAAGAGAUCUUUAAGAAAAUAAAACCCAGAAAUCUUCUGAUAUCCAAGUGCAUAUGAUAGAAUUAAUUCUCCCUUCUUCAUAUUUUAUAGUAUUUAAAAAGAUGGUCUGGUCUGCCAGUUGUGCUUGAUCCAAAAGCAGAAAAAAUGGUAAUUCUGAAAUAGUUAAAUAGUUAAUAUAUACAGAUUUGUGAAGUUAAUCUUGCAAAGUCUUUCCUAGACCAGCCUGAAAAGCUUAUUAAUGGCAACACUGAAAUACUAUGAAAAAGAUUUAAGUGGCCUGGCAACACUUUGCAGUUGCAGAAUAUGAAAUAUCUCUGGAAUGUUUCACAUUGCUAAUUAAGAGCUACAGCUCUUGGAACAGCUUUCCAUUCACCUCAGACUAAAUCUUCUGC